AUGAGUGUCAACUUUGUAGAUUAUUUCGCCAACGAACACAAUGGAUACGAUAUACUAUAUCAAAACAUGAAAUACGGACUCAUAGCUAGUAAAGAGCUCUCAGAGUAUUUCAGAGAGAGAUCAAAUAUAGAAGAAUCAAACUCGAAACUUUUAGCGAAACUAGCAAAGCAAGCUAAUAGUAAUUGCGCUCAGGGCACUUUCGCGCCGUUCUGGGGCGUACUUAAGUGUUCCGCCGAGAAAUUGUCAAAUUUGCAUCAGCAUAUGUUUCAAAAGGUCAGUGAGCUUGUGAAGGAUGUAGCCCGUUAUGCUGAUGAAUUACAUAAGAAACACAAAGCUGUCAAAGACUCGGAAUCUAGCACUCUUGAAGUUGUCUUAUUGAUUCAAAACACCAAACAGGCUCUGCAAAAGGCUAAAGAUGCUUACACAAGCAAAGCUACAGAAUUAGAGAAGCUUCGAAAAGAUAAUGGUUCUGCUAAGGACUUGGAAAAGGCUGAAGUGAAAUUGAAAAAACUUCAUGAGGACUAUAGGCAGCUUGCUGAAAAAUAUAGUUUUGUUAAACAGGAUUUUGAAAAAAAGAUGACACAAACAUGUAAACAUUUCCAAGAUGUGGAAGAAGCACAUUUAAAACAAAUGAAACAGUUCUUCAAUUCUUACGCUGACCUUAUACAAAAUAACCAUGACCUUAUGGGGCAGGUACAUAGGGAUUUUAAACAUCAGUGUCUUGAAUUAACUGUAGAAAAAUUAUUAGAACAGUUUCUUAUGGAGAAGUACACAGCAAUUGAAAAAGGUAACCUUGUUGAACUGCCUCCAUCUUUACCGAAGCCAAGUUCGGCAAAUAAUUCAAUAUCAGAAGCAGAUCAGAUAUCCUCUGUCUCCAAUGGGUCACAUAAGCCACAAGUUACAAAAGCCCCAAAGAAAGAGCCCUCAUUUGCUACCAAGACAUCACGGAGAACUACCUCACUGUUAAAUUUAUUUACUCCCAAUUUUCAAAGUAAAGAUGAGCCAAGUAUUAAUCCCGAAGGUGCAGCCCCAUGUUCAGCACCUUCUAGCCCCAGUGGAACUCCAGCAACUCCGGUCACAACAGAGAAAGACGAAAAAAUGGACAGAUCUACUCUGCGAGAGUCUAAAUGGUUCCGCAGAACAAAGACCAAACUGAAAAAGUCUAAGAAGAAAAAAGAUGAAAUAUCAGAGAACUCUAAUGCAGGAGAGAAGUCUGAUUUAGAAGAGAAAGAAGAAGAAGUGAACACAAAGGAGGAUUUAAUAAAUUCCCCAGAAGUUGACGAGGAAGGUUACUGUAUCAGACCUAAAGAUGAUAAAGGCAGUGUCUAUUCUUCUUCAGACUCAGAUUCAGAAGAGGAAAGAGAACAGAAAAUACACGUAGAGAUAAAGCCAAUAACUAAUGGUAAUCCACCGAUGUCAGCAAGUGUUGACGAAUUGAGGGCCACUGUUGAAAAUAUUUCGCUAUACAAAAUAGGCACGACACGGCGUGGCUCGAAUGCUAAUGCAAGUAAAACCAAUACUGAUCUAGUUGACUUGAAUUCCUUUGCCAGUCCUAAUGUCAGCAAUCCCACUUCACCUCAUGCCAACCUGUCCAAUCCAUAUUCACCUUUACAAGGGAACCAAUCACAGUUCCUAGAAAGUCCACCUCCCAUCUCAACAACGACUGAUGUCGGAGACUUAUUCACUGAAGUCGGUGAAGUUUCUCAAUCAAAUUUUCGAACUUCGACACCCACAAUCUCCACUAUCUCUCUCCCCCGGCCACCGUCUAGGAGAUCUGAGGGAGACUUCCGUACUGCCGGGUCGUCAGGGUCACGAGGACCGUCCCCACUAACCAUAGGCAUGGCUGAUACCAUACCCCUUGCUGUCGCAUUUCAUGAAAUUAUACAUUCGUAUUUCAGAGGAGCAGAGGAAUCUAAGUGCCAAGUUAAAAUGUCUGGGGACAUGAUGCUUUCGUUUCCGACAGGUAUUGUCGGGGUUCUGGCCAAUAAUCCGAACCCAGCCAAACUUUGUUUCAGACUGAAAAACAUACAUAGACUAGACAAUGUGUUGCCGAACAAACAACUAAUAAGCAUUAACACCAUGAUGUCCAGUCGGGAUAGUACAGUGCUAGAGUUCAACAUGCCCGCUCUGACCUCACUUCUCAAACGUCAAUCUGAAAAGAAUCCCACCGCGCAAUACUUCAACGUCGAUAUAGUGAAGUACCAGAUACGUCCAAAGACGGGAGCCGCAUCUUGUCCUUUACAAAUGGUCUCCUAUUGGAAAUGUGAGCCCGACCACACAGAUCUGAAAGUAGACUAUAAAUACAAUUUGCACGCUAUGAGCCCGCCAUCGCCCCUUCUGAACGUGUCUGUGUGUGUGCCGAUGACCGGGUCAGUUCGCAACGUGAUAGCCAUGCCGAAAACCAUCUGGAAUGGUGACGCGGAGCAGGCGUUCUGGCGGUUCACCGAACUGUCCCAGCAUUCUGAGGACAGAGGCGUGGGAUCACUGAAAGCGAGGUUCGAGCUGGCUAAAGGUCCUUCCGCUAAGGCUACAAUAUCCGCCCAAUUCAACUGCGAAGGGGCUACACUGUCGGGUAUUGAAUUUGAGCUGAUAGGUAGCGGAUAUCGUCUGUCGCUGGUCAAACGACGUUUCGUAUCUGGCAAAUACAUUUGCGAUAGUGACAUGCAAUAA